CGUCCAUCUCCAAAUCCUCCACACCAUCUUCCUCAUGCCGAGAACCCUAAUCAAGGUCUUCCUCUUCUCCCCAAAUCCCUUUGCAACUCCCAAUGCCUCUAUUCCCCUCAAUCUCUCAGCUCCCAAGAACCUCAUCCACACUUCCCCACCUUGUCUUCCCGCCUCCGCCGCCUCCGCUGCCGCACUUGAUCCCUCCAAGCCUUCCGUUGAAGUUCCCUCGCAGCAUGUUUCCCGGCUUAACACAGCCGAGCUUGAUUCUGCGGUAGGGAUUUCAAGGGAGAUCUCUUCCAUCUUGCGAGGUAACAAUGAUGCAUCAAGUCAACCUUUGCCACUCCAUAGUGAUGUACUACCGAAGAACAUUUUAGGCAUACCAUGGUUUUCAAAUAAAUCUCACAGUCAUCCAUCUCAACGGCGAAAGGAGGUAUCAAGAGAAAGGAAACAAAGAUAUAUAUUUAAGAAUACAGAAUCCCGUCGUUUCACAAAAUUGAUGAGAAUGUGUGCAAACAAGUUGGGCACUGAAUCUACACUUGAGAUUUUUGGUAAGCUGGGAAGGGAAACUGGUGUUAGAGAAUACAAUGCCUUAAUUAAGGUUUGUAUAGGUAAUGCUAGACUUAGCAAUGCUGAAGAAGACUCCUUAGGCUAUAUUCAUGAGGCUUAUCAACUUAUCAUGUCAAUGAGAGAAAGGGGCUUCCAAAUUGAUGAAGACAGUUAUGGCCCUAUUCUUAUGUAUACGAUUGAUAAAGGACUGAUACAAGAAUUCAAGUUUUUCAGUAAACUAAUAAAGGAUGAAUGCCCUGGUUCAUCUUGUAGAAUGUGUUACUAUGAGACACUGCUUUGGAUUAAGGUUGGGUAUGAAGAUAAAAUUCACGAAUUAUGCAAUCAUGCGGGAGUUGCUAUUAAGAACUACUUGCUAGCUUUUGGUGAAAAUGAUCGGAAGGCAGAAUUCUUGCAAUUGUUAAAGGUUCUUGAUAUAAGGAAAAUCUCCUCACCAAAGUAUAUAGCAAGCAUUUUCAAGUUCUUAGGAAGGUGGAAGUUGGACAAUUUCUCGGAGAAGUUCAUUUUUGCACUCAAAGCUGCAGAAGUCGGAGACGAGAAUAUCUCAUCCUUCAUUUAUGACUAUGUUGUUAACGUACCAAAUUUAGCGGUUGAGGAACUUUUACCAAAAUUAAAUAACUUGCAUGAGAAACUUGGAGUUGUUCUGUGUAUUGCCUCCUACGAGAAGCUUAUUGGACUUUGUUGCGAAUUAUUCAAGGUGGAUGCAGCACUCAUUAUAGCUGAUCACAUGUGUCAUUCUGGUUUUAAUAUACCAAUUGAAACCCUCCACCCAAUUUUACGUGCAACAGAGGAGGGUGGUGAACUUGAUUUGGUUCAUUCAAUCCAUUCAGUCAUGUGCCGCCACAGCUUGAAACCAAAAGAAGACACCCUCAAAAGCAUGAUAAGUUUGUAUGUAAAGAUUAAAGAUUUUGCAGGAGCAUACAAUCUUUUAAGAAGUGUGCAAGAAAUGAAUCAGCCACUAACAACAAGCAUGUUUAAUGCCAUUAUGGCAGGACACUUCAGGGAGAAAAAUUACUAUGGGGCCUUGAUGGUUCUCAAGCAAAUGGAAGAAGCUGAUGUAAAACCAGAUUCUGAGACUUUCAGUUACUUAAUAUCAAACUGUAAAUGUGAGAAUGAUAUCAUCAAGUAUCAGAAAGAUUUGCAGAAUUCUGGAGUUCUGCUCUCGAAACAUAUCUAUAUGGCUCUUAUAAAUGCAUAUGCUAAUUUGGGGAAGUUUGAUAUGGCAAAGAAGGUUAUUUUGGACAAGGAUGUACCAGCCAGAUAUUUAAAUGAACUCAAAAGUGUACUUGUAUCAGCCCUCGCAUCAAAUGGGCAGAUAUUGGAUGCACUUAAAGUAUAUGAUGAGAUCAAGCGUGUUGGAGGUAGCCUUGAGCCAAAGGCAGUUAUAAGCCUGAUUGAAUACCUUCAACAUGAAGGAGAGUUAGAUAGAUUACUUCAGCUCAUUCAGGAAUUGAAAGAUUCAAAAAGUUGGUUUGAUGGAUGUAGCAGGGUUAUUUUGUAUUGCACUCGGUAUAAUUUGGGCAGUUCUGCGAUUGAUUUACUCAAGUCAUUGAUGAAAGCAGAUGAAUCGAGCACAUAUAUUAUUAUUGAUCAGAUUUUUAGCCAAAUUUGGGAGAUGGAGCCUACAAAUAUUGGUAUUGGACUGGAGUUACUCCAAGCUAUGAAAGAAGAGUUGCAUCUUCAUCCCUCCCGAACUUGUCUUGAUUUUCUUCUCAGUUCUUGUGUAAAAGCGAAGAAUCCACAAUGUGUUCGAAUGGUUUGGUCAGAAUAUGAGAAAGCUGGCCUUCCCUACAAUAUUUUGACUUACCUGAGGAUGUAUCAAGUUCUUUUGGCCUCAGGAGAGUAUGAAGCUGCUGCUAAAAUGCUGAAAAAAAUACCACAAGAUGAUCCCCAUAUUCGAUAUGUGGUCAAAUCAUGUAGAACAUCCUUCAGCUAAUUGUUCAAGCCUUUAGAUUUGAAGGCUUACAUUGCACCAAAAUUGAGUGGAGGAUUGCACAAAAGGUUCUCACAGUAUGACAGGAACAAACUUAUCAUGAAGAUUUUAGAAUGCUCUUCCUCAAAUCAAUUUUGAUGGUUUGAAAAGCUUUGACCUUGUCAAUGAGUCAUUCUGCAGAAAGAAGAAAUCGCUCUUUGUGUUAUUUAGGUUUCUUUAACUGCUAUUUGUGGGUCAUUCAAUGCAGUGUUGUUCAUAUUUUGUGAUCCGGGAAAAAUGGGAGUAAACUUUAUUUGUUCUGCAAAAUUAAUUUCAUUUGAAAGAUUUGAAAGUAAAAACUAAGUAAUGUGUUUAUCAGUAAUGUGCAAUGCAAGAUUGCUUCAAAUUA